UGUCCCACUUUUCCUUGCGUCCUCCGUAAUUUCUUCGAUGGCCAGGUCAAGCUUCCUUUCUCCAAUGGCAUCCAUCAACCUCUCACACAAGCCACUUCAAUCCUCCUUCCUGUUUUCCCGUGGACAUCCCUCUCUUCUCACUCUAAACAAUCUUCCCAAUAAAUUCAGAAAUCCAAGUCAGUUCAGAAGACUUGUGAUCGCCAAAUCCAAUGGCGACGACGACUCAGCUGACCCUUCGGACCGUUUGAUUUCAGCCCUUUGUUAUUUCUAUCCUUUCUUUGACGGUAUACAAUAUGGGAAGUACGUAAUCACUCAGGUUUAUCCUGUUCAAGCUAUCGUACAGCCACUAGUUCCCGCAAUAAGAGUGUUCAAGAGCUUCCCCUUCAACGGGUUUCUAGUGUUUCUGACUCUUUACUUUGUUGUUGUGAGAAACCCUAAUUUUAGUAGAUUUGUGAGGUUCAAUACGAUGCAAGCCAUCGUCCUUGAUGUGCUGUUGAUAUUCCCUGACCUUUUGGAGAGAAGCUUCAAUCCAAGAGGUGGGUUGGGCUUGGAUUUGAUGAUGAGUUUGGAUAGCACUGUGUUUUUGUUCCUAUUGGUGUGCUUGAUUUAUGGUUCUUCUUCUUGUUUGCUGGGUCAAGCCCCUAGAUUGCCUAUUGUUGCUGAAGCUGCUGAGAGGCAAGUUCUUUGAAUGCCCAUUUCCUUUAAUUUUAUAGCUAUGUUAUCAUUCUCAACUUGAACCUAGUUAUCAGAAAACUCAUCUUUUUUAUUUUCCCUGUAAGCAGGCUCAAGUAAUGUAAGUUAGCUUUAAUUGUUUCUUUAGUCAUUGUAUUCUUACAAUACUUCCCACAUCAGAAAAUUCUUAUAUAUAUUUGAAUCUGGUGUUUAUUUGACACGAUGGAAGACUGAGAAAUGCUGCAUCUUUAUUUGGAUUGAAUUUAAUAUUUU